AGAAACAACAAAAAAUACUUCGAAUUUCAAACAGUUUUUUCUUUGCAGGCUAAUUUCUUUUGCCCCAAUAUAAGAUAUAUGUUUAGUAGCUGCAACUCUAUAGAAUGUGUUACUUUGCCACUCGAAGGAUGCUCAGUAUUUUGCCGUAUCGGCUGAAUAUGCCGUAUCCAAGGCUGGGCAGACUGUUGUUCGAUCGCUACCUGUUUGCCACCUGGCUAUGCUUUCUGACCGAGUAUCAACUGUUGACGAUUUUUUUGGUCUAUCAGCUAGUGGAUGUGACCAAUCCACUGGAUUGGCUGCUCGAAUUGGUGGACCAGGUUAUCUUUUCCCUCUACACAGUGGCACGAGUGCAGCUGCUGGGCAUCCAUAUGGCCACCUAUGGCCUGCUGCUGUGCCGCUUGCAUGAACGACUGCCCUCUUGCCACAGCUGGCGGCUGCAUCGCCUGCAAGGGGAGCUGCCAAUCAAGCUCUGCCAGCUGGUUGUUCUCAUUAGCCUAGGUUACUUCAGCAGCUGGCUAUAUCUGAAGUAUAUGAGUGAGCUAGCUGUUGAUGUGGACUUUAGCUAUACCGGACACUAUCUACUGAUGAAUGGCGUCUUCUGUGGCCUCGCCUACUUUCUGAGUGAAGAUUUGUGCUUGGGAAAGGAAGUGUGGCCACUGCCCCUGAUACGUUUCGAGACUGCCACGUGGCAAUGGCUACGCUGGCAUCACUUCGAUUUCUCUUGUAGCUUGCCCCGAUCUAUGCUCUACACGGCCGUUUUUGCGGCCAUUUACUGGCCCAACAUGAGCGGCGACUUCAAGGCCAGCUUCCAGCUGAUUGGCCUAUCCACCUGCAUAACCACGCUGAUCACCGUCAAGCUGCAUGCCAUCAAGCGAGUCUUUGGCACAGUAAUGCAUAGCGAGCUGCCGCUGACUUUGCAGAAGCAGCCGCCGCAGCAGCAGCAAACCCUACCGCAACUGACACGGCAACAUAUGCGGGAUCGGCGGCUGCCCGUGUCCUUGAUGCUAAGUGUGAGCAAUCAGCUCUAUGGUUUUCAACUGCAGGUGGCCAGGGACUUCUACACGAUCGUGUCCAGUCCCAAAGGCGAGACUUGCAAACUAUUUCAGCUGCAAGGCUUUUUGGGCAGGCAGCCCAAGAACUGGACGGCAUUGCGCAACGUGCUCCUGGGCAACAUGAGGCAGUUCAUGGAUUUGCUGAACGACUGCCUGGAUGCACCGGGAACGAAAUGCAAGCAGUUGCCCACGCGUUACUAUGCCGGCAUGCGACGGCUCGCACCACCUACAGCAGUCCCAAAAGUUUGGAGUCGACGUUGCUGCGGCGAGCAGCCAGCGCCGGCUAAGCAACUCUGCAGGUCGCUAUGGCAACAACUACAACUCAAGUUGCAAAGCUGGCAGCUGCAACAGAAGCUGCAAUGCUUUUGCAAAUGCUUCUUUUUCGACGCCACACAUCUUAUGAGAUCGGAUAAGCAAGAUUGCGAACUGUGCGUGGGCCGGCCGUUGGUGUGGCUGGUGCCAGGACUCGUCUGCAUUUGCGUGCGCUCAUUGGAGGAGGAUCGGCAUGGCGUGCUGCAGCAGGAUCUGGAAACUAUCUUCAAGGCCCUGAACGACUUACAAAAACAAAUCUUUGCAGUUCUCAGGCUGCUCCACCUGCAGCAGCAAGAGCCAUGCGCAACCCUCAAAACGCUCUCGCAGACCCUGACGCUUUCUCUCAACAAAAUGAUCUUUCACUUCGGCGACUAUCUGUCUUUCAUAAUAAACGAUAAGGAACUGCAGCACACAUUGGAGUGUCGUGAAUAAAAACUUUC